GCUAUAUUUCGUCGCAGGACCCUGAAGGGUAAAGAUGGCUGCCCCCAAAGAGCUCGCCGGGGAGUUUGAAACCUGGUUAAAUAGUCGUUUAGAUGAGUUGGAAGUCGACUGUGAUGUUUAUGCAGUUUAUAUUCUUGGUGUUCUUCAGGAGGAAGAGAGUGAUGAUGAGAAAUUAGAUGCUCUUGGAGGUAUUCUGUCCGCGUUUCUGGAUGAAAAUUCGCUGGAGGACGUAUGCAGAGAAAUAAUCAAGCAGUGGACGGACAGCUGUGCUUUAUUAGCUGCCAAAAACUGCCAGACAGAUGAUGAGGUGCAAGCCAUCGCCAACUUGAUUGAAAAACAGGCGCAAAUUGUUGUGAAACAGAAGGAAAAGGCUGAGGAUGACAAAAAGAGCAAAGAGUCCGUCCUUGCUCAGUAUGCCAAUGUAACAGAUGAUGAUGAUGAAGAUGUUGAAGAAGAUCAGACUGGAGCAGCUUGUACAUUUAACAGUGAGAAAUCUCUAUUUAAAAACACCAACGUGGAAGACGUUCUGCUGAACAAGAAGCUGCAGAGAGACCAGGCUCGUGUGGACUCGCAGAAGAAGAAGGAACAGGACAAGAUGCAGCGGGAAAAGGACAAGCUUACCAAACAGGAGAGGAAGGAAAAGGAGAAAAAACGCACACAGAAAGGGGAGCGUAAAAGAUAGAUAUUGCAUUAUUGGACAUAUUGUAGAAUAUUCCCAUUUUUCCCCUUGAGAGUGCAAGUUAUAUUAACUAAGAAGUAUGUGAAGAUUGCAAGAUGACAUUCAUGCAUUUUAAGUCAUUGAAUAUUUCUAUGGACAUUAAGUAGAACUGAGAGAAUACAUUUUGUAAUUGGAAAUUUCUAAUCUAAAAUGAGUAUAAUGUUCUGCUUUGUUCCUUUGAAUAUUAAGUCAUCCAUAUUAAAGCCCAUCAAUAAUGGUCGGUUGCUGUAAAUACUGCACAAAUAGAAACAACUUAUCACAGUGGUUUACGGUGAAGUAUUAGGCUGUGUUUGGACCCUCAUUUAUCUAUUGUUCAAGAGUUAAAGUGCACGAAAUCUGUGGUCAGAUUUUAGCUGCCAGCCUUUCUUGAAUACCAGUAUAGUUUAAUAUCACUGCAUUUAUUCAAACAUAGUCACUAACUAGAAUUGGUCCUAAAGAAUAAUCUUCUACCCUGUUACCAUUGUCUAGAUUGCUAUGCUAUUCAGCACCAAGGUAUUAUCUUGGCAUUGUUGAAUUGAUAUUCCAAGAUUUCUUUUUGUGUUGUUCUUCAGUUACAUGAUCAUUUUGCUCUUUUGAUCAUUUGAUAACGUAAUUUGAAUAUAUCAUGCUGCUUUCACUCGCUGAUGACAAAAUCAGAUUUAAAAUGAAAGAUUUUAAUAGUUCAAUGCAAAGGUGUCAUAUAUUGAAUUUCAAAAUUGGAAGGCAAUGAAUAACUUGAUCCCCUUUAAUUAUUACACCUUACUUCUAAUCUGGCUGCCCGGAACACUUUCAUGCUUGUUCUGAAGAGGGAGGUAGCUGUUUGAGGCUGAUUCAUAACCUCACAAAUGCCAGUGACAUUAGUGGUAACAUUAGGAUGACUAGAUAAUUCUAAAACUGAAUGGCUUCUGUACUUUUAAGUGACCUGUCACAGUGAUUUUUUUUUUAUAGUAUUGGCUUACUUUAAGCCAGGAGUCAGUUGAACAUAUUUACUGUGGCAUAAGAUUGUUACAGGCCUCAACUUUCUAGGCUGCAGUCCACGUUAAUUCUUCCACACAAGCUGAAUGCUGCUAUUAGAGACUUUUAUACAUAGCACAUUUUUGCAGACAAUGUCCAAAAAUACAUAUCAUGUAUGCUUUUUACUUAACAUACAGGUUUACUGGGUGAUGCUAGACAAAUUUGAAAAAACUUAUAAGGGUGGGACAUUUAUAGCAUUUUUCUUUGUUCCGAAUGAAGCAUGUUAUUAGAAAAAGGAUCCCAUAUUCAUUGUAUGACAGUUAUUACAAGUCAUAAGGCAGAGAACUCUUGUAUAUGUUUUAAGAUUGUCACAAAAAACCUUAAUGUCUCACCUGUAUUCAAUAACUGUUCUAAAUUAUGAGUAUGACAAUGGCUAGAAUAUUUUAGUAGCCAUUAAAUAAUUUAUAACUGAAUUUUUUAUUUGUGAAUUUUAAAUAAAAUGUGUUUUCAAUCAAA